AUGACUGUAUAUAUAAUUGCUACUUUGUACGAGGAUGUCAUGGGUAAUAGUGGUGGUGCUGCUCAGCAAAAUGCAAACACGAUGGACAUUCUGGAUGAUGAAGAGGGUGGGGUGUCAGACUUUGACAUAAGAGAGCCAGCUGAUCUGUGUUUCAGCGGCGAGGAAUCUGAAAGAGCUGAUGUAAACCUAGAUAACAUUGAUGGAUUUGGUGAAGAUGUUUUCCGAUUAAAUGCAGCUGAUGAUGUCAACCUAAAUUCAGAUGUUACUCCCGAAAAUGCUAUGCAAAUAGCAGGUUCCAUAGCUCGGGCAGUUGCUUCAGAGCACGACGAAGAUGUCAUAGCCUACUGCUUUGCCUUGGAAGUAGUGUUGGAUCUUGGAGAUGCUGUCUUCAAUACACCUGCCACAGAGACUGCAACUGAUGCUGGUCUACCAACUGAGGAGCAUAAAGAAGGGGCUCCUCAGGUCGCUGACAUCCAACUAGGUCCAUCAAUGACACUCAGGUCGCUUACAGAAAGACGAGUGGGUGCAGCUCUAUGCUCGCCAUUCAACAUGCGUUCCAUUCGUAUCAGCACCACUUGGACCAAAGAAGAGAGGGAUUGUUACCUGUUUUUACUUGCAACACCAAGGAUAUGGAUGUAA